AUGGCGAGCGGAAGUGAAAUUACUGCUAGAAAGACUGCCGGCUGCCGUCGUUGCGAAGGUUCCCGCCGUAGCGGUCUUGUCUGUGACGUGAAGAAGGCCAUUUUGCUGUUGCAUGUAAAACGUGAGCACACUUGAUCAAAAUAAUGCCAUUUAAACACAUUUUGAGCGAAAUUCUUUAGCACUGUUAACAGUUUAUUCUCAGUAGACCAUUUUUGUCGAAUUUCUAAGCGACUUAAACAAUUUGAACACGGUAUUUAAAUUAAAUUUGUUUGCCUUCUCUAAACAGUUUGACUCGUUAAUCGCCACGGACUCGGUCAACUCGACAAAGAAAGCAACCCAGUAAGUCUUACACGUUUUUUCUUGUGUUUAUUGAUGUGUUUAACAAUUAUGAUAUCGUAGACUUGUUUUGGCAUUAAAUUAAGGUCCAAUGGAUUAUGUCACUCAUCUUUUCUCGAAAUAGCGUUUUUUUUUUACUCGGCUUCUCUUACAAUGUAAUUUUAAUCAAGAGCUUUCAGUAAGGCCAAAAAAAUGUAUCGUCGUUGAGACACAGAACGCUUGCUUCUUGAAACUGCUCAAAAUACAACAUCACGAUUAGUUUAUGCUUGAAUUAGGUGGCAUAUUGCACAUGUACACAUGUACACAUGUACACAAACAUGACUGGACCGCUUUGAUUUGCUUUAGAAAGAUCUGAACUGAUUUAACGGCAAAUCGAUUUAACCGGUUACCAAGGUCGAGAUGAAGUCUUUGUUAUUUUUUUUCGAAUUGUAGGUCUAACAUGGAGUGGACAGAAGACCAUGACCUCUGUCUAUCUCAAGAAAUUUUAUCCCUAGGACCUUUUAAAGCGCAAAAGGGAAGUAUUACGGGAGGAAACAUUUGAGACCAGAUUGCCAAUAAUCUUAACUCAUUGGAAAUUCCAAGGUUUAGAGUUUCAAAGCGUUCAGUGAGAGAGCGGUACACACUUCUCAUUAAAAAGUUAAAGAAAAAGUUAAAAGAAGAGGGGAAAGCAACCGGCAUUGAGACCAGCAUGAGUGAUGUCGAAAAAGCUUUCAAAGAAAUAAUGGAAAAGGAAAGUGAUGCUGAAAACACAGUUGAAAGCAACAAGAAGAAAGCAGACCAUGCUAAAGCUGUGGAGAUGCGGAAGAGAGCAAUGGAGAGCAUUCGCUCAACACAGAAAAGAAAGGAGGGUGAUGAAGUCGACGAUGAAGAGAAUGCUCAAACAAAGCCAAAGAUCACAAGGAGUGGUGGAGAAACAAUUGCAUAUUUUUGA